AUGCACCUCAACGGUGAAGCAAAUCACGAAGACAUUACCAUGUCUGCAGCCGCCCCACCCUACGACCGUGCCGCCGAGCUCCACGUGCUUAAUGCCAGUAUGCCACCCUCUCCGGUGUCCACGGACUCAUCGAUUCUGGCACGAUGCACGACGCACGUCCCCCGCAUCUGCCACAUCCCCGACACAGAGGGCCCCCUCCACGGUCAAGAAAGCUCAUCCGCGGCGACCGUUCUGGUGAUCGACCUCGGAGGCGGCGACCGUGCGGCCGUGGUGGACGCCGUCCGCCGGGGCACGGCGGAGUGGGGUUUCUUCCACGUGACAGGUCAUGGUGUGCCCAACGAGGCGAUGCGCGCGGCGGUAGCGGCGGUGCGGGCAUUCCACGAAGCCGACGGCGGGGACGGCAGCGACAAGGCACGGCUCUACUCUCGGGAGCCCGGGAAGGUGGUCAAGUACUACUACAACUUCGACCUGUUCCAGUAG